UAAAUAUCGCAUUGUUUGCAAUGUCUUUCUUACUUUGGGACAACUAGUUGGUGACGUUCACUCAACUAUUGUAUUAUUCACUCCACGUGCAAUCUUGCAACAGAUGGCGUUCCUCUGGCGUUCGCUGCGGGUGUGCCAAUAUCAUUCCAGAGUGCUUCGAAGAAGGGCCAUUGCCCAAAACGUCGCAUAUUAUACAUGUCAAGGAAGUGUUAUUGACGACGGUGGAGGGUUUUCUUCGUCGCAGAGGUUAAAGGUGGAAGGUUUAAGGCGGAGCCAUCGCGGAGGGCAGGGGUGGUCGGUGACGUCGCCACGCUUCGGGUAUAAAGGCGGCUGCUGCUGCAAGCUGAGCGCGCAGUCUCUCGCGAGGAGCUUUGUCACAAGUAGUCGCAAUGUCUGGACGCGGUAAAGGCGGUAAGGGGCUCGGCAAGGGAGGCGCAAAACGCCAUCGCAAGGUGCUGCGCGACAACAUCCAGGGCAUCACCAAGCCCGCCAUCCGCCGCCUCGCUCGCCGCGGCGGUGUGAAGCGCAUCUCGGGCCUCAUCUACGAGGAGACCCGCGUCCUGAAGGUCUUCCUUGAGAACGUCAUCCGCGACGCCGUCACCUACACGGAGCACGCCAAGCGCAAGACCGUCACCGCCAUGGACGUGGUCUACGCCCUCAAGCGCCAGGGCCACCGCAGUGCGACUGCUGCUCCCCGGCGAGCUGGCCAAGCACCCAUGGCUCGCACCAAGCAGACGGCUCGCAAGUCCACGGGCGGCAAGGCCCCCCGCAAGCAACUCGCCACCAAGGCGGCCCGAAAGAGCGCUCCGGCCACGGGCGGCGUCAAACCUCACCGCUACAGGCCCGGCACCGUCGCUCUGCGCGAGAUCCGCCGCUACCAGAAGUCCACCGAGCUGCUCAUCCGCAAACUGCCCUUCCAGCGCCUCGUCAGGGAGAUCGCGCAGGACUUCAAGACCGACCUGCGCUUCCAGAGCUCCGCUGUCAUGGCUCUGCAGGAGGCCAGCGAAGCGUACCUUGUCGCGCUCUUCGAGGACACCAACCUGUGCGCCAUCCACGCCAAGCGCGUCACCAUCAUGCCCAAGGACAUUCAGCUCGCCCGCCGCAUUCGUGGCGAGCGCGCUUGUCCCUUAACGAUGUCUGGACGCGGCAAGACCGGUGGCAAAUCUCGCGCCAAGGCAAAGUCCCGCUCUUCCCGCGCCGGCCUGCAGUUCCCCGUGGGUCGCGUUCACAGGCUGCUCCGCAAGGGCAAUUACGCCCAGCGGGUCGGCGCUGGAGCACCCGUCUACCUGGCCGCCGUGCUCGAGUACCUUUCUGCCGAGAUCCUCGAGCUGCUCGCCGUGCGAAACGACGAGGAGCUCAACAAGCUCAUGGGCGGCGUGACUAUCGCCCAGGGCGGUGUGCUGCCCAACAUCCAGGCCGUGCUGCUGCCCAAGAAGACCUCUCAGCCCGGCCCCCUGCCCCUGCCGCCUGCGGCUACUUCAGCGCCUAAAAGCCCCAAGAAGAAGCGCGCCGCUCCAAAGGCCAAGAAGGUCGGCCCCAGCGUGUCCGAGCUCAUCCUCAAGGCUCUGGCCAGCAGCAAGGAGAGGAACGGCGUGUCUCUUCCUGCGCUCAAAAAGUCGCUUGCUGCCGGAGGAUACGACGUGGAGAAGAACAAUGCCCGCGUGAAGUUGGCCAUCAAGAAGCUCGUGGCCAAAGACGCCGUGGCGCAAGUGAAGGGCAGCGGCGCGUCUGGCUCUUUCAAACUCAACAAGGAAAAGGCUGCCGCAAAGGCGAAGCCCAAGUCGUCAACGGCAAAGCCCGCAGCUAAAAAGCCCGCGGCAGCCAAGAAGGUGAAGAAGCCCGCGGCAGCCAAGAAGACCGCGCCCAAGAAGUCUCCCAAGAAAGCAAAGAAGCCCGCGGCUGCCAAGGCGGCCAAGAGCCCCAAAAAGGUGAAGUCGGCUGUUAAGCCCAAGAAGGCGGCGAAGAGCCCAGCCAAGCCCAAGGCUGCGAAGCCCAAGGUCGCUAAGCCCAAGACCGUCAAGGCCAAGGCCGCCAAACCCAAGGUGGCCAAGCCCAAGAAGGCCGCGGCCAAGCCCAAGAAGACUGCGCCAAAAGUGAAUCCGAUGGGACGACCGACGCUCGAUUCACUCCACCUCAACGCGCGCAGUCUCUCGCGAGGAGCUUUGUCACAAGUAGUCGCAAUGUCUGGACGCGGUAAAGGCGGUAAGGGGCUCGGCAAGGGAGGCGCAAAACGCCAUCGCAAGGUGCUGCGCGACAACAUCCAGGGCAUCACCAAGCCCGCCAUCCGCCGCCUCGCUCGCCGCGGCGGUGUGAAGCGCAUCUCGGGCCUCAUCUACGAGGAGACCCGCGGCGUCCUGAAGGUCUUCCUUGAGAACGUCAUCCGCGACGCCGUCACCUACACGGAGCACGCCAAGCGCAAGACCGUCACCGCCAUGGACGUGGUCUACGCCCUCAAGCGCCAGGGCCGCACUCUCUACGGCUUCGGAGGCUGAGCGCCCAUCUCUCGCACACUAAGCCAACCCAAAGGCUCUUUUCAGAGCCACC